AUGUUGACGCUUGUCGGGGAGGACGUGCCCGAAUUUUUGACACAGCGCGACACAGUUGCUUAUUGCAGUCAGCUGCAUGUUAAGAAAACGAGCACCAGCCUGGUGCUUGGUCGUAAUUUAAAGUUCUACGAGUUCCAAAAAAAGGAGCUAUUGCAUCACAUCGAUCUCAGGGGCACAUGCUUGCAGCAGCUGGCCACGGAAUUGAAGGCGUACAGCGGACCCGUCAGCAGUUUUCUCAUACGCGACGAUGUCGCCGACACCAGCGGUGAUGCGACCAGCUACAGCAUGCUGCACGCCGUCGAGGAGCUGCCACUAAGCAUUGGCAAGUACGUUUGGUUGCGUGAGCACAUCUAUGUGCUGCUGCGCUGCUGGCAAAAGCUGCUUGUGCUGCAGCGACCCAAUGAGCAUGGCGCCAGCUUCGAGCUGAUUGCUGAGCACGACAAUGUGCAGGAGUACAGGCUGGUCAAGGGACCCAUCAAAUAUCAGGCCUAUGUCGAGCUGCAAUUCCGCAAUGGCAAGCGGCUGCGCACAAAUUUUCAAACUGACAAUGCACUCGAGGCAGCUCCAACUGGCAGCAGCAGCAACAACAACAGCGCCGCCGGAUUUAAGCGUUUGAUGCAGCGCGUUCACUGCGCACGCGCCGAGCUGCACACACAGCGCGCGCAAACGCAAAUGGACUUUGAGCGCGCGCGCGAGCUGCACACAUUCGGCGCGCCCGGCGAACGUUCGCCGCUGCUGGAGGAGAAGCAGCUGCUGCGGCGUUGCGGCGAUAUCUGGACGCGCAUUUGUGGCGAUGCGCUGGUGCUGGGCAUGCUGCUAACCAAUACGGCGGGCAGCAAUCGUGCCACCACGCUGCAUGCUGUGCGCCCGCUACUCUACCUGCCCCAAGGCGGCGGGCUGAACUAUGUCCAUCGCCUGUAUGAGCUGCCCUUGCAGGCGGAUGGCCAGCCGCCAGAGGAUUAUGAUGAGCUGGCACAGUUCUGGGCCAGCCAGGAGCAGCAGAGCAAAAGUAUCAGCUGGCAGCCCGCCGCCUGCGUCCAGCAGCUGUCGCCUGAACGCAGCGCCGUGCUGCUGGUUCGACUUCAGCUAGAGGAUUUGCUGUCGCUGGAUUCUAUACAGCUGCUGGCACUGUACGAGUUGCAUGGCGAGUCUAAGCGGCAGCUGCAGCUGCAACUGGCCAGCAUUAAUAUUUCCGCGCUGCUGGAGCAACAGGAGCUGCAUGUGCCCAGCUUUGCAGCACAAACGCUGCAUCAGGAUUUUCUCGCCGUGAUCAUGACACAGACGUCGCACUGCGCAUUGCGAUUGCAGUUUCAGGGCGUGGAGCAGCAAAUGCAAUUCGAGCAGCUGCUGCUCAAAAAACUGGGCUUUGCUGCAACAACUGUGCCGGAAGAGCAGGAGACCCGAAAGCAGUCUAUGCAGCUGCUGGAGGACACUUGCUUGGCAGAGGACUUUGCUUUUGGCAACAACAGCGGCCAUGGUCGCAAUGACUCCUCCUCUUCGACUGUCCACCGAAUAUUUUACAAUUGUCAAUUGCAAUUACUGCUGCUGCGCAACGAUCCUGACCAGUAUUGGCACAUCUAUGCCGGCAGCCAGACGCAGUUGUGUCUGUUGCUGCGCCGACUGUUGCGGGAUCUGCUGCAGCUGCACUGCAACGUUUCGCUGCUGGAGCUGCACGAGGAUCUGUGCAGUGUGCCCGCAAAUGCGGCGCUGCUAUUGGAAUCGGCACUGCGCGACGAACUGCAGGCCAAGUCGGAGUUGUUGCAGUUGCAAUCGCCGCAGACAGAGCUCUGGGCCAACAGCCUGAGACGUGUCCAUCAGCUGGAAUUGGCCACCGAUUUGAUGGUAACUGACAUCAAGAGCCAAACGCAGCUGGAAACAAGCUAGUCGCAUGAGGCGUAACCUC